AUGGCCAGCACAUCAGAGGUACAUUUCACACAGUACAUGGUGCUCAAAGUGAUGAGGGAAAUGGGUCUCAAUUGGCAUAUGGCAAGGCACUCCACCUUCCUGAACAAGGCACACAGGACGCAGAGGGUGGAUGAUGCUCAAAAGUACCUCAAACAAGAUUGGGGUCAGACAGCCUUCACAGAUGAGACCACAUUGACUAACAUGCCUUCAAAGAGCACAAGAGUCUGGUGCAAACCCAAUGAAGCAUGGCUGGAAAGGGAUGUCAAACCUAAAUUCACCAGCAAGAGGCUCUCUAUCAUUGUCUGGGCUGGCAUCAGCAAGCAUGGACAGCAUCCACUGUAA